AUGGACAAGACGCGCAGACUGAACGGCGGGGAGGCCCUGGGGGCGAUCGGCCCGAGGCGGGCUGCCUCGAGCCUUCACGCGCCCAGGGGCGGCGAGCCGCUGCAUCCGAAGGGUCGCACGGCGAUCAGGCGCGGCCGGGCGGGGAUUCAGAUUCGGGCCUACGUGAGCGAUGCGGUGGACUCCCCGGCGGUGGCGUGGGAGGACGAUUUCGACGAGCGGUACGUCGCGGGGCGGCUCCUUGGUAAGGGCAGCUUCGGGGAGGUGUUCCUGGCGACUGAUAGGCACACGGGGCAGGAGGUGGCGGUGAAGGACAUGCGGGCCAAGCGCGGGCGGCUGACGACGGAGAGGACGCUGCAGAAGAUCACCAACGAGGUGGUGGUGAUGAGGGCGGUGCAGGCGGCCCACGCCAUGGUGCGCCUGCUGGGGACCUUCAAGCAGGGCGACCGAUACCGGAUUGUUAUGGAGCACUGCGGCGGGGGCGACCUGAAGUACCACCUCAAGGCGGGAGGGCCCUUCUCAGAGCUGCAGGCCGCCCUGGUGGCUUACGAGAUCCUGGAGGUGAUUCGCGCCUGCCACGACCGUAACAUCGUGCACGGCGACGUGAAGACGGCUAAUUUUGUGCUGAAGAGCUCGCGUAUCAAUCCGUUCGGCAGGGGCAAGGGCCCCCGCGUCUUGGAGAACGGGUGGAUGAAGGCAAUCGAUUUUGGAUGCAGUCAAUUUGUGGAUGACUCCACAAGAAUGCGCUCGCGUGUUGGCACCCCCGUCUUCAUGUCGCCUGAGGUGUUUGAGAGGAAUUACAGCUUUGAAAGCGAUUUGUGGAGUCUGGGAGUGUUGCUGUACCAGCUGCUGUCCAACAGGUUCCCUUUCUGGAGUCCCGCCGAGGCAGGGUCUGUGAGCACUGUGCACGAUGUGAUAGAAGCAGUGAACAGCAGGGAGCCGGACUUUGGUUACGGCCCUUGGCAGCACAUUUCCACAGAUGCACUGGACUUCCUGACUGGCCUGCUGGAUAAGAACUAUCGGACACGUAUGUCUGCAGAGGACGCCUUGGGGCACCAAUGGAUUGCAAGGCACAUUCGCCGGGACAGCCAGGGGGCUUUGAUGUUGAGCAACAUCGUGCCUCUAGGAACAGUCGGUGCAGAGAGCACUGCCAAAACUGCCACAACUGCCGCACCUGACUUGCUGGUGCCAACUGGGGCGGUGAUUGUGCCUGCCUGA